AAAUUUCUGUUCUCUAUUUCUGUACCACCUGCGCACAGGUGAACCUCAUGGUUAACCUUUGAAGGUGAGGUUUGCAGCACUGCCUCUGCUUUAGCUCUUGGAAGAGGCCUGAAGCUGGCCGUCUUGAGCCCUCUGAAGCCUAACCCAACUGGGUUCUGAACUGUUUCCAUUGCUUGAGAAGGUUGACCGUCAAUAAUAAUAAUAAUAAUAAUAAUAAUGCAUCACAUUUUAUAUAGCGCUUUUCACAGUUCUCAAAGAUGCUUAAAGUCAAGGCAGUCCUGUAAGGUCAACCUGUGAGAGGAAUGAUAAUGAAAACUGCUCAUACUAGAAUUCAGUAUCAAGACAACAAGCAUUUAAACAUAAUGUAGUCUCCACUGAUGUAGUAGACUGCUACUAUCAAUAGGAUUUUUUUUGCUGUCAGAAUUACCCCACUGAUUUUUCUUCAGAACAGUCAAUGCUGAAAGUUAAAUAUGAUUUACAUCAAAUUAAUUUUGUGGCGUUAUCAAAAUCUUUAUCACAGCACUGAACAGUUUUACCACUUCAGUUAAUUUUACCCCAUUUUAAUGUGUAAAACUGGUAAUCACAGAAGUAUAUAUUUAGCAUAGUGCCUUUCAGUACUGUUCCUUUGCCAUGUCAAUUACUUCAGCAAUCCAGGGUGAGCCAGUUGGCCGCAUACCUAAUUACACAAUAGAAAUGUCACUCAUGGAUAUACAAACAGUUUAUUCAAAAAUCUUUCCUCCUCUGUCUAUCCAUUUCUACUGAGGCCCAGAAGCUUUGACGUGUAUCUCUGACAGGGAUUUUCCCAUAUCACACCAAGCUUUUGAACUUGGUGUUUCCUACAGACCUCCCUCUACCUUUUAACCCCACACUGUAACCAAAAAGUUUGAGGUUUAGUUAGCUGAGAGGCCUGCUAUCUUUGUCCCAUAGGGUAAUCAUAUUUCUCUUAAGUGUGACAAGGGGCCCCAUGUUGUUGCCAAACACGGGAAAGUAUCUUUUUCCUCAUGUCUAUGAUUCUAACACUUGAUCAUUCUGAAAGAGAUUCUCACUGAAGAUGAUGCAACCAGAAAGAGGCUUGAGGUAAUCGAGAAGAAAUUUUGCGGUAUCCAGUCUUUUGUCCCUCUGCUUAAGCAGUCAGUUGCCUUGCAGCGAUUAGAGUCUUUAGUCGUAUUAGUCUUUAGAACUGGCACAAAUGUCUUUUUUGAUGAUUCUUCUUGUAGUGCUGCUAACACCAGCAUUGUUUGCCAUCUUCUGAGUAUUGGCUUUGAUAUAAUUAUUUUACUUUCUGGUUACCUUGAGAAGUAUCACCACUAGGGGGACCAGUUUACAAUGCCAUGCUGACAGUGGCUCUAGCGUUUGUCCAGUCUGCCUUAAGAACGGGCUAACCCUCAGGGAGAGGCCUUUGUUAACCUGUCCUUUAUUUUAAUGGUUUAACCUGAACCUUCAACUAUAGCGGUAGAAUCACUAGUGCAGUCUUAUACAGGAAACCAUGAGCACCAUAGACCCUAUGGUGCUCAGUAGAAGAGGGAUGUUUCCUCUUUUCUCUCUCACAUCCUGCCGGGGAAUGUAUUUCUUGGAGUCCUUUACAGAAGCGUGACCCCAUACAUAAGAAAAAGUUUGACAAGAUGAUUUGUUUCUCUUGCUCUCUCAGUCAUGAACACAUGUAGCCUACAUUGCUGAGGACUGUUACACUAUGCCUUCAGACGACAUCCCUGUUGUCUCUUUCAGCCGUCUAUCUCUACAACAGAGCCACAUAAAUACCAAAGUACACAAUUUUUUGGUGUGUUUAUGUAGGAAAUGUUGAAGGAAAAAUGUUUACUUCUCAGAAACGCUGGUCAUAUUCUGAAUGUGAAACCUGACUCAAAACCUGCAUGUACUUUGCUGUCAGUAGAGAACGGCUAUAUAGUUCUCCCAUAUAUGGUUUCUAUAAAGGAGGACUUUAUGUAUAAUAAUAAUAAUAAUAACCAUGUAUCACCCCAUACUACUCAAUUCACAUUGACAUUUAGAUGGUCUUGGUUGCUUCGAGUUUCACAGCGUCAAACCUCCUUUCCCCUUUUGCAACUUCCUCUUUCAUCUAUGAGGUAUCUAUCGCAGACUAAAAAACUAAAACCACUUGCUGAAACAUCUCGGCAAGUGUCGACUGCUUCUGGGGGUGACUGCAGCCUGCCGUGCUUUGGAGGUGACCAGAACCAAGUGAGGAGAUAUCAAAUAAGACCAACUCUCUUGUGCUGCUGACCCGAAGAUAUACACAUAGGAGCCACACAGGAGUUUUUUCCCCACCCCCCAACACAGGGUGAACUCUCCGAAAACGAUGUUGAAACAGUUCAGUCUCUUAAAACAGUUUGGAUCAGUAUCAAAGUCACAAGAUGCAACAGAUCUUUUGUCUGAGGAUCUGGUUAUGGUGGAGCAGCGGGUGGAGCCCACAAGGAAAGCUGCGCAGAUUGUCCACAAAAAGCUGUUGGCCUGCUUGCAGAGCCACCAAGGACUGGAUGCCGAGAAACGCAUGAAAAAACUUCCCAUCACGAUGUUGUACUUCGCCAUGGCUGAUUGUUUAAAAGACUUUGAUGCUGAAUCAUCUAUCAGAAGAGUGUUGGAGAUGUGCUGCUCUGUGCAAGGCCACCUGGCACAGACGCUAGCAGACUUUGAGCUGAAGUUGGAGAAGGAGGUUCUGGAGCCCCUUAGCAAACUCAGUGAGGAGGACCUGCCGGAGAUCUUGAAGAACAAAAAACAAUUUGGCAAACUCACAACAGACUGGAAUGCUGCUCGGAUGAGGUCACAGGCCAGCACAGGCGCCCAGGCUAAGCAGGAUGGACUGAAGGAGGACAUGGAGGAGGCUUGGAGGAAGUUGGAGAGUAUCAAGGACAGCUACUCUGCAGACCUCUACCUCUACCGAACCAGAGAGGAUGACUACGCCAACUACUUCACACGGUUACUAGAGCUCCAGGCUGAGUACCAUGAGAGAUCACUGGACUUCCUGAAAAAUAAAAUAACUGCAGUCAAGGAAAACCCCAGCGAGCCCGACUCUCCACGGUGGCCGUCCUCCAGGAAGGUUUAUGGGGAGGCGCUCCUCACGCAUCUGAAGAGCUGCGAACGAGACAUAGCCGCACCCAUCCAGGAGUGUGUGGAGAUGCUGCUGCAGAAAGGUGUGAAAGAGGAGGGUCUGUUCCGGUUGGCAGCUGCUGCCUCCGUGGUGAAGAAGCUGAAGAAUAGUCUGGAUGCAGGGAUGGUGGACCACAGCGAGUUCAAUACAGACCCUAAUGCUGUAGCAGGGGCUUUGAAGUCUUACCUCCGAGAGCUUCCUGAACCACUUAUGACCUUUGAACUGUAUCAGGAUUGGUUCAAAGCUGCAGAGGAGAAGGAGCUAUCUGACAAGCUAGAAAAGUUCAGAGAUGUACUGAAAAAACUGCCGUCAGAAAACUACAACAACCUUCGAUACCUUGUGCAAUUUUUAACAUGUCUGUCUGAGUACCAGGGGCUGAACAAAAUGACACCCAGCAACAUUGCCAUAGUACUUGGGCCUAACUUACUCUGGCCUAAAAUUGAGGGGGAACACUCUCUGUUGGACAUGGCCUCUGCCUCCUCAGUCCAGGUUGUCAUGGUGAUAGAACCCCUUAUCCAGUAUUCCAAGAGCCUUUUCCCUGAAGAACCAGAGUUUGAGGUCCCAGACCCUCCUCCCAGUCCAGGCCCAACUGCUGCAGAGGGCAAUUCCUCAGAGGGAGCCCCCCCAUCCUCCCCCCCACCUUUACAUCCCAAUUUGUCCAAAACUGACAGUUCCGGUGAAGCACAGCCGAGUGGGCUUCGGCCAUUACAGAAGUCUGACUCUGUGAAUCGGGGAACAAUAUCAUGGGAGUCCUCGCCUUCAGACCCUGCUGUGGAAACGGUGGGGCCCAGUUUUGGCGGCCAAACCCCUAACCAGGGUCCCAAUCCUGCCCCUCGCUCCAUCUUCACUCAGGCUGGGGUGAAGGAGCCGAGCCCCCAAGACACCCUCACCGAGUUGCCCCCCAGGCUGAAUAUCUCUAGUCCUUUCAAACCACGGCGAUCAUUCAUGCAACACAAGCCCCCCAACUCCUCCAACCUACCACUGGGGGCGCACAAACCCAAGACUCCUGCGCCUCCCAACAUCCCUAAUGUCUCUAACAUACUUCAAACCAAGCCUUCUACGGCCUCUUCUGUUCCUAUAUACACAUCCGUGGCCUCUUCUACCCCUGCUGUCAGUCCUCCGCCCCCAUCCGGUGCUCCAACCAACAAACCUCAAGCCCCGGUCAAGCCUCAGGCCCCGGUAAAGCCUCAAGUCCCUAUCCAGAAGAAAACGGUUGUGAAGAAGGGGACGGUCCGAGCCCCGAAACACGCGCCUCCACCCCCCCCACCAUCAGUACCCAAAGCGCUGCCAUCCGCGGCCCAUUGAGGGUGAUUGGUCCACUGAGAGCAGUGUAGCUAUUGAAUGAGUUCUAGCUGCGUCCUGUGUAGCUCUUUAAAAUAUCUGGUGGUCUGACCGGAGAUGAUAAAGCCUAGUCUCAAAGGUCAGUGAGGCUUGUCUUGAACUAGAAUUGUCACAUGGUAAGGUUUUCAUUUGUAAAGAUUUACUCUGUGUUGUCUAGUGCAAUUGUCCAUUUAGAUGUUAGUUUUAUAGUAGGGCCACCAUAGAAGGUGAGUUCGUACACCUGGCUCCAUCAAAUCUUUUCUGACUUAAGUCAUCUAAAGAAGGGUAUGCUUCAAAAAGCAAGUCAAAAUUAUGCAUAUUGUUUGUAGGACAUUGAGUGUCUCCUUAAUAUGCUCCCUCUGGUGGGCUUUGUGUUAACUGCAUCAGGCUGUGCCAUUGAAGCAACACAAACAUGUACAUAUAGUGAUUGUUUAAGCUUAUUGAAAACCUUUAUUUUUAUUGUUAUCAUUAUUAUUUUGUAAUUUUUCUCUUACAAAAUGGUAAUUUACAAGGGUUGACCACACAUAUACCACACAUGGUACACUUGGCUGUACAUGUUUGCACAUACAUGUAUUUGAUUAAGCAUAUAAGAGGACUGGACAGGUCUUCCUCUCUCGUGUAUAAAAUUGCAUAAUAAAAUUGCUGGUAAUCCAACCAGUUACAUUA